AUGGCGCUCACUUGCUUCCACUGUAUAAACCCAAGUGAGAAGGGUGCAGAUCCUACUCUUGUGGAGACUAUUCGCAGCUGGCGACAAGAAGGCAUAAAGCCUGUGGACAGCUUGAGAACGAAGCUUCAAGACCAACAGCCCAGCUCAACCGCCGUCGAAGAAAAGAUCAAAUCCCUCAAAGAUGAGAUUCGUACCAUAGAAGAGAAUCAGCAAUAUAUCGAUUUUCGCGAAGUCGGGAGCAUCGAAGAUAUCGAGCUUCAACUAGGCCGACAUGCAGCUCGAAUGUUCUCUAAUAUGGACAAGACCCUAUCAGAGCUGAAGGACUUUCUUCGAGAGAUCAAUGCCUUCCAAGCGGAAAAUCGCGGGUCUUUCGGGCCUGUCUAUGCUGGUUCUGGGUUCCGAAUAACUGGGAAACCAUCAUCAAACUUGGAUUGGGCUCUUAUAGAGAUUCCAGAUGAUCGGGUGGGAGAUAAUAUAACACCCGAUGGCUAUUAUCUGAAAUCGUCACCCAUACCUGAAGAUCUCGAUGAAAUGCCCGUUUUCAUUCACGGCCAGCGGUCAGGCUAUCGUAAGGGGAUAAAAAAUCCCCUUGAGUGUGCCGCCCUCACCCAUGAGAUCGAGGAUGGGAAAGUCAUAUCCCGCAUCACUUAUGAGCAUUCGAUUGUUCCACAGCGUGGCUCUCACUUUUCUGAACCGGGUGACUCCGGCUCACUUGUCUUCACCGAAUCUCAUGUGGUUGUCGGCAUGCUGUUUGCCGGCGGCCAGAGCCACAGACUAUCCUUUUUCACGCCCAUUGAAACUAUUAUCGAAGAUAUCAAGAACAUCACCAAAGCCACUGAUGUUCGGCUCAAGAUAGAGCGCUCUGAAACUUUUCCCUAG